AUGCCACUUAGUCGCGCCACGGCUCAGAGGCUUCACCGUGGGAAAUGCGCUCCCAUGAGCAGCGAAUCCAAGUUUUCUUCCUUGGGUCAUCAAGCAUCAGCUGGAGCACUUGGAGCUCCCAAGACGGAGAACAUGGUUCCACAAUCCGGUGAAGAUACUAGCCAAGAAUUUCAGAAUCACCUUAGCGACACGGGCGACGCUGAUAUAGAUAUUGACGAUUUGCCCCAUCCAGACACUCUGUUUUUCUGGGCGCGAAAUAACGGCGAUGCGGGGAGUCGUCAGUUGUCGGUCACUCCGCGGUGCGGGAAUGAUAGAAUACUUCAUGUCGUUAGCAAGUCAGCCACCUCUGAGGUUUCCGAUGCAGAUUCAUCUUCCUCUGAAAGUCCCGUUAAUGACAAUGAUGAUGCAAGUCACAUGAAUCGUACCCUUGAUGAAGGCGAGGGAUGCCAGUCAGAUGUGACACGAUUGAGGGCUUAUCCCUUCUCACCUCAAUCGACUGGGCAACAGCUUCUGCAGCCUGGCAUCAAGCAUUACACCGAGAAGGCCCGCCCAAACCCUGCUAGUCGAAAUAUAUUGGCAAGCGCUGUUUUGAAAAAUGAAAGUAAGACAACAUGCGGUCCCCUUACAAGGGCGAGGGCUAGAGCUAAGGCACUCUGUACCUUCCCUACGUCUCGCAAGACCCAGCCUUAUUCUGCGAUUGAAGACGAUCGCCUGCGGGAAUUAGUGGAAAAGGGGCUCACAUGGGAGCAGAUCUGGAUGAUAUCCGGUCAGCAGUUUGCUGGGAGGACUUUGAGAUCACUGCAAAUGCGUUGGUCGAGAAAUCUGAGGUAUACGACACCACUGGUGAAGCGUUCGCAACGACGCAGAGGUGCAACUGAUAGAGCAGGUUAA